AAGGCAGAGAGCGGAGGACUGUCAUUGGUUCCUGGGGCUUGUGACGUCACUGUCUCCACCCUACAUGAAGAUAAUUCUGCAAAUCUUUCACUCUUACAGUUUUUUUUAGAUUCUCAGUACCCAGUCUGGUCCUUAAGGCCAGCGGCUGUGAGGCUGACAGUGGAGCAACAUGACGCACGGAGAGAAAGAGGACUAGUCUAUUUUUAAUAACACAUUCACUGCAAGGUUUGUGAUUUUCCUUCCAAAAAAAGAGAAAUAACAAUGCCUUAGGUUCAGAAACUUUUGGAUUCAGCGUGAGUGGGCCUCAUCAGAGACUGAGAGUGGUGCGGGAUCUCGGUGUGAGGCCGCCGGCGUCCCUGCAGGAGAUUAUGCAGAAUGCAAACAUCUGGGCACAUCUGUUAGCCUGCAGCCUCCCCGCGCCGCGGCAUCCCUCCACAGCCUGUGAUUGUGCGGCCUGCCCUCUGUCUUAUUAUGAGUCUGGUGUCGGGAUUCCCGCACCACCCCGCCAUGCACCACCACGACGGCCACCACUACUCUCUGCACGCGGCGGCGGCGGCGGCCGGGCGGUGUCACGAGGACCCCGGGGGCGCCCCGUACUUCACCAGCUGGCUCAUUAGUCACGCGGACAUGUCGGCGGCUGAGUACGGCCUCGCGCCCGGCUACAGUCCCGAGUACCACGGAGGCAGUGGCGGCUCGGCGGGGGGCCUGGACCCCCACCAUCACCACCACCACUACGGCACCAGCGGCCUCAUGCCGGGCUCGGUGAACGGGGCCGCGGUGCACCACUCACACCCCCGCACCGUCAAGCGGAGACCCACGGCCAACCGGAAAGAGAGGCGGCGGACCCAGAGCAUCAACUCGGCCUUCGCGGAGCUCCGGGAGUGUAUUCCCAACGUCCCCGCGGACACCAAGCUGUCCAAAAUCAAGACCCUGCGGCUCGCCACCAGUUACAUCUCUUACCUUAUGGACAUCUUGGACAAGGACGGGCAGCACGGGGACGCGCAGGCGUUCAAGGCCGACCUGAAGAAGACGGAGGCCCGCGAGGAGCGCAGGAAGAGAGAGGCGGUGGAGCUUCCCAAAGCGACGUCGUCAUCCUCAUCUUCGUCUUCAUCAGGAGAUAAGAAAAGUAAAGGUCGGACGGGUUGGCCCCAGCACGUCUGGGCUCUUGAGCUCAAGCAGUAGCACCUUCCUCCUUGCAGGCUGACGACACUCUCCCCCACCCGGGGCUCUGUCCUUAAAAAAGGGUCACGGACCAAGACUUGCACACGUUGACGUACAAUGUUGGAGCGCUUUGGAGUCAACUAUGGACACUGUGCAGUUCUGCUUGCUUGUCUGUGGUAAAAGGGAGCAACUUGAGAUUUAUAACGCUACUAAAUAUAAUUAUAAAAAGGACAGGUGAUACAGCAGUCCAGGUAAGAUGGAUGGAGUACAGUGUUAAAGUCAGAUCCAUAACCAGUGUUGUACCACUGAAAGAUUGAUAGUCUUCAUAAACACAAACGUCCGUGCAAUCAUUUCCGGUUGGCGUGCUCUCCAACAUUCAUACGCAACACAAAUGUACAUUUUUAAUGUAAUGUAUUUAUGUGGCUGUUUGAAGGACCUACAUUCUCUUUAUGACUAACAGACUUUUAAAGAAGCCUUAAGGCGUGUCAGAAUCUUUCAGAGCUGUAAAUGCAAAUUUUCCAUUUGUUUGACAAAAUUGUUGGGAGUUUAAUGAUUAUUGUGGGUGUAAACAUUAUUGUGAACAGAAUAAACCAAUUGUUUACAGACUAA